CUUAUAAAGAAAUUAAUGAAAAUUGAAAACAAACCAGCUACGACUCUUUUUUGUAUGAGUUCGUGUGCUCAACAAAGUUUCCCUUUGUGUUUUAGACGAUGUAGCAAGUUUCGGAUGAUUCCUGGCACGCCAUGACUUUAAGAAGAAUUAAGAAAGAUCUCCAUUGUCAGAAUUUCAUGCAGCUCCAAAGUUACAUAUCAACAUAAGGAAAGACAAGACUAACAUGGCAAGCUACCAGCCAUCACCCAUCACGACAACAUCUUCCCUUCAUCACACUCUGCAAAGUUCAUCGUUCUUGUCUCAUUCCGGACUCAACGAUACCCUUCACAGCACCCAGAGUCUAAGCGGUCGAUCUUCCAUCAUGACGUACAAGAACAAACAGUAUCCUUCGGCCUCUGCAGCUCUUGCCGCAUACAUCAAUGACUUUGAGGGCGCUCAUCCACUGAGCAUGACAUACCAUCGGACCGUGGAAGAUCUCUUAACUCCAAGGUCAGUUUUGCUGCGGACCGUGGACCGUAGCUUGGAGACCAGUGUGCGAGAUACCAGGGCUGAGUGGCGUCGAUAUGUUUCCAAGAAGUUACUGGAUGAAUCGUACAGUGAGAUGAUGCAGGCAGACUUGGAGAGGGACAGAGCUCAAGCCUUGAUUGAAGCCUCCCGCCAUCUGACCUCUGACCUUUCACCUCUCCCUGGCAGCUCAGUCAUCACUGAGAUGGAGAGUGAAGCCAGUAUGUCAACUGAUGCCCUCCUCUUGGCUUCCCCGUAUCCUCCCUUGAACCUCCCUCUGCCUCCAAGAAACCAGGAGCCUGUCCGAAAAGAGAGUCGCACACUCAAAGCUGAAGUUGUCAGUAAGCUGCGGAAUUUCAGAGAUAGACACCAAGAUAUGACAGCUAGGUCACAUACUGAAGGCAGACCUAGACUGAAAUCAUCCUAUACUCCUCAGUUUCCAUCAGAUAUUUCACCAGUUAAGAAACUAGUUACGAGUUCUGCACCUUCUAUGGACAGAAAUAGUCACUCUGUGUAUAAAUCAGUAAAUAGUGGCAAAUUUGAAAACAUGAGAAAAUUGCAGACAAGGAAGAGUCCUCUCAAUGACAAAUCUGAAGUAGACAUAGUUAACAGGAGGAAGGGACUGCAGAUGUCAGGAACUCUUGCAACAGAAAAAGGAAAUUCUCCCCCCAAAGAGAAUCUCCUGCCAGGCAGUCAGAGGCCUCUGCCAAUUUUGACACAGGACUUGAAGAGUUCAGGGGUAAGUGGUAUUCCCUCUGACACACAUCUUAGGGGCCGGGCUCCUCCGAGUUGGGUCCAGGACCUGGAUACGUCUGGGUUGACCAGCGUUCCCUCUCAGGCUCAAGCCAGCGGCAGGGCUCCUCCAAGCUGGGUCCAAGACCUAGAAACGUCUGGUAUCAGUAAGACUCAAGAGCAAACUAAUGGUGGCCGACCACUACCCAGUUGGAUUCAAGACCUCAACUCUACCUUGUCAAACAGUACUCAUGCUGGCAACCCAACCUCCAGACAAGCUGAAAAUCUCACAACUCUUGAAAGCAGCUACAAACAGUUGUCACCUCAGAAACCUCAAACCCCUCUCCAAAGAUCCAACUCUGCAAGCGGUCUCAUAGCAGGGACAAACCGGCCUCCUGGACUGACAGUUAGAGAUUUUGAAACCUCAGAACAACUCUUGAGAAGCAUUGAACAUGAAAGGUUCCAAGAAAUUCGUGAACGACCUCGAGAUUUGGCUUCAAGCGGUGAAGAGCAACACUCCAGGAGAGCUGUUAAAUUCUCCGGGAAGGCCACAUCCAGGAAAACCCGUAGCUUCACUACUGAUGAUCUGAUCUUAGCAUCUCCUACUGGGAAAGGUUUCCACCUAACCAACCACAACGCUGAGAAGCAGUAUUCACCAAACAUAUUCUCCAACAAGUCGUCUUCUUUGUCAAACUCAGGACACCAAAAAACCAAGUAUAACAACCACUUAGCAACUCAGAGACAUUUCAGUACAGCAAGAGAAUUGGUCCAUCACAAGAGAACAUCUGCUAGGCAAAAUGCAUCAGACUUGCUGUCAAGUACACCAAAGUACCGUGUUAACUUCAAGUCGAGGCUUUCCAAACCAUCCAUGAAUGGAUACGUAAAUGAUGAAGGAUUGUUGUCACUUGGAAGAAGUGGUUACUACAUGAAGACUCACACCAGUAAAAGCAAAUUGAGUGAAGAUGAUCUAAAGAGUGAGGAUGCCCUGCUAGAGAGAGCUCAGAAAGUUCUUGAUGCAGCAAAGGCAUCGAGGAACAAACCCAGCGACACGUUGCUUUAUCCCCAUGAGGCAGCUGAUCGUGAGGAGGAUGUCAAUCGCCAUGACAACAGCUUACUCACUGAAGAGAUCUUGGAUGGGGAUCGUCCAUGGGAGCGCCAUUUGCCAUCACUUAAACCUGUGAAUGGAAGGCAGGACCAGACUGGACCUCAGGACAGUGUGUCCAAGUUUCUAAAAGAUUGUCAACAAUUAGCAAGUGAUCAGAAUCAGAAGCUGACGAGUGGAUCACAACCUGGCCCAGUUGAAGCCUUGAAGAACAUGCUUUUUACCCUUCAAGGGUUGGACACCAAAGGCCUUACCAGCGAUAUUGCUUUGACAUCAGAGACGGAGAAACUGCAGACUACAUCAGCCACAGGGACUUCUUCACCAUCACCAUCAAGGUCUAAGGAUAGUGUAGGACCAAAGAAUACUCACAGGCUGCUAUCAGACAAAGACACCUCGUCAUCCUCUGCUAGUGUAACCAACUUUGACGAAGCGCCAGGUGGAAAAUCUCUUCAGAGAGCCAUGGAGCAUCUCUCUCGCCUGAAGGUUCUGGUCAAUGGAGGAAGUCAUCACAACUCACAUCCAUCCUCCACCAAUGCUCAACUCUUGUCCAACUGACGACACAUGGACAGUCCCUCCGCAAGAAGAACUUUGCAUAGAAAACAAAGAGAUCCAGUUGAGGAGAGAACAUCAUAUUACCAGCCUGUGUCUCAUGUCAUGUGCAUUAAUUUGACUGGUUCCCAUCCAGUUUUACUGUACUGAAUUGUCCAUGUUGCCUAAGCUGCUGAAGUGUAAUGAUUACCUUUAUAGUAUACCACUGACAAAAUUGUAUUAGAAACAAAACAACUGCACAUUAUCAGUACUAUACUAAUCAUUCCAUCUUUACAUUUUUGUCAUACACAGGGUAACUGUUUAUUUUUUUCUGGAACAUUCAGAAUUUUGUUCCUCAUGUUUAAAUUUUGAUAAAUGUACCAGAGAAUUUCCAAUAAAGUUUUUGAAUCAAUAGCUUCUUUCUUUCUAAUUUAAUGCAGAUUGACUGAGGAAAUUUGUAUACCAAACCGUGUUCAUCAUAUGAAAAGUUAUCUUCCACCAUAAACCUUCCCAAAGAGAAUUUCAUGUUGAUAUCAUGCAGCUGUUUUACCAUGAACAGUAAAUAGAAUUUAUGUUUGCAUAAAAUGCCCAUCACAAUAUGAACAGUAACUGAUACAGCAUUAUUUACUAUUCCUAUACGGUUGAAAAGUCACAAGGUUUUAUCUGACAGUAGUAAGAGGUUUUGGGAACGGGGUCAUUUAUUCUUUUUCAAGGUUAAUAACGCAGGGUUCAGAAUAAAGUAGGUCUCCAGUGAUCUGGAGUUGAGAAGGUCAUGGACUUAAUUUAGCCUGGCUAGCUCGGACACAGUGGUCCUUCCUGUAUUUUUUGCCUUUGUGGUGAGGUUCGAUUCCCACACAUGCUCAGCAGAAGUUGAAGCUAGCUGAGACCUUGAGACCUGUUUGUUUUUGUUGUUAGCGACGAGGUGUUGCUGUUGUCCCCUCCCCCCACCUCUGAAACCUUUCAUUUCUCGGUUUUUUUCCUCCACAGGUUUCAUCUGGCUUGCGAGCUAAAGUUCUACAAAUAAAAUUUUGAGAAGAACAUCCAUCUAAAGAAAUACAUAAUUUGGUGCUGAUUCCAUUUUUGUCUGACUUCUCUGUUAACUUACAGAAAGAUGUCUAUAUUUUCGCCCAGCUUGGCUUGUGUGAAGAGAUUGUAAAUAGUUUGAAUUGAAUACGUAGCCAGAAUAAAUUUGAAUCUUGCUGGAGGGGCUUGUAGCUAUGCUGAACUAGGCAAAUAAGCCUCAAAUGUUGAGCUUGUACAGAUUAGUUUAUUACUGUCGUCAGUGCCUUUGUGAAUAAUGAAAUAGGUUUUUCUACGAAGAGUAUUUCUGUAAAUUUGUGCCUUAUAGAAUUGAAUAUUUUAAUGUGACGGGUUUCUUUCAAGUUUCCUUUUAAAUAAAUGACAUUUUGAAGCAGGGACAUUUGCUGGUAGAAACCUUCAAAUAGGCAAUACAUGCAUUUAUGUUGUAUUCUUGAAGCAGCUAUUUUUACAUAAAUCUAAGUUGAGUCCGAAUUGCCACGGAAUGUGAAUUCAAUUUAGAUGAAUCUAUUAUAAGGUUGAAUUGAGCUAUUAUAUCCAGAUGUAGGGGAGAUAUUAAUUUUAAAAACCUACUUGUUGGAGUAUCAUCAGUUACGCUGGUAUCAAGUUGUCAUUAAAAUGUCCAAUUCCACUUCCUUGUCGGUUUUAAACGCUUUAAAAUACCAUAGCUUGACUUUGUGUUUUAAUGCCUGAUUCUAUCAUUAAUCUUCUCGAGUCCUUCACUUUUGAAGGAGUUUGCAUCGGGGAUUACUCUAAUCCAAAGUGUGUUUAAAUCUGCUUGGGUCGCGCUUUGCCGGUGCGGUGUUUUAACCCCCUCAAGGUUCUGCAACUAUCCGCAGAUUCAGAUCCCUGGACAUGAAAUCAGGUAGUGGUGGUGGACACAAUGCCUUUCUCUGAUCUGUUGUCAUUGUGUUCCUUAAAUUUUCCUGGCCAAAUGCACUUGUGCAAAUGUCCUUAAUUAUGUCACUUAUUAACCAACUUUCGGUUGAUUUGGUCCUUGUACAGGCGUGGCUAGGAAUAUUGAAUGAAUAUUCAUAUGUACAUGUACAUCGGUUGCUUCUUGGCGGGACGUCACGAUUUGCCCUAUUUAAAGUAUUACGUAACCUUUAAGUCAUACAUACUGUUUGGUGUCUGGCGAAUUUUUACCGAUAUUUGAGGACAAAGAAGUCCACUAAAAUGGGUUGUGGAUCCUAAGGCUAAGAUGAACAUGAAUUGCAAAGUAGGAGUCGAUGUGAUUAUGGAGUGAUCAUGGAGCUCUAACAGAUACGUGAGCAGAAGAUAAAUAACGAAUAAGAUCAGCAAAAAUACACGUGCUUUCAAAAAUCAACAUUUUUUGUAAAUAACUGCAUAAAAAAUAUUGGCAAAUUCGUGUCCCUGUUUGCAUAAAUUACAUGUAUUUCAGGUCCGUGGGAUACGUGGUUGGAUUUACGGAAGAUAAAUGUCGGGAAAUUCCUGUUAAUGCCUAUCCAUCGUUUAUUGUUCAACUAACAAGAUUCUGAAAAUAAUUGAGAAGGCUUCAAAUGUGUAACACCAGUAGCCCCUUCGCGCAACUGACCGGCAAAUUCGUAACUGCCAUAUACAUGUACGUGAUGGAGCAGUCAGCCAUGUCUGAUAAGAUAGGCAGUCAUAUAUCCUUGUGAUUUAUUACGUGUGAACAUUUAUUAUUGGGCUACCGUCAACAAAUGUGACUUACUUGUUUGUUUUGGAAGUCGGAGUAGUUGUUUAUUUGUUCUGCCACCGAAUAUGGAGGAAUAAAACACACCGAACAAGGCGAGAAAAAAGGCAGUGCCAUGGAUCGAAAUACGGUGGAGCUGUUUUUUCUGUGCCACUUCAGAUCUUAGAGUAUAAAAAACAAUCACUCGUUAAUUGGAUUCCCGGACACGAUUUUAUUCACAAACUUGAUUAGAGCGUGAAAAGUGUAUUCAAACGAGGUUUUGUUGUUGAAAUGAAAGUUAUGAAUGGAUUGUCAGCUUCCUUUUUUUUUAUUUUGGCGCCACGGACUAUCCGCCCCAAGUUUAAAGAUGCAGAAAAGUUGGUUGUCUUGUUUGGUAGCUAAGAGCUGUUAUGUACAUACAUGUAUAUGUAAAAUACAUGUACAUUUUUGGUAUAAUACAAUAGUCACGCCGUCAGUGGUAUUGUUAUA